CAUCAUCAUAUAUUUAUUUAUAUUCUCUAACAUUAGGAGAUAUUAACAACUACGUCGUCAUAUAAUCAACGGAACGUGUUCUCUUUCAUUUAAAACAGGUUUCUAAUUAUAACAACAACUACAUUUAGAGGAAACUCAAAUUAAUAAUUGCAUAGCUUUUUACAGCACAUUUACAUAUUUCACAGCAUCUACAAACACAUACAUAAUACAAUGUCAGACUUUGCCUUCAACAACUAUUGUAUAAACUGUGACAAAUUGUGUCCGCAAAACUCAGUUUACUGUUCAGAUGAAUGUAAGUCAAUAGAGUAUCAAUCAUCUAUGGAAUAUCAAUCAUCAAUAAGUUCCGAACAUACCCACCAAGUUAACGAUGCAUUAGUCAGUCCUUUGUUAACUCCUGCCCUUUAUCAACAAUACUUACAACAAGAUGUUUGCCAAUCUCCGUUGGUUUUAACUACUUCCAACACAAACAAUGAAAGUACUAAAGACUUGGAUUACUUUGAUUUAAACUACUCAGUACAAUCAAAUACCAACUACAGUUCAAAUGCUACUGAAUUAUUAGAUUCAACUUCGCAUAACUAUCGUAAAUGGUUGACUGCGUUAUAGCAACCGAAGAAAAAGCAUUAGUUGGUGUUUGAUAUACUUCUAAAGCUAUACAAAUCAUUUAUGGUUUUGCCGUUAUUUUUUUUAUAUAAAUAUUCAUUAUUAAGGUUGGGAAAUUUAAAGGGUUACAAAAAACGAAAAAAAAGGUGGAGAUUUUGAAGGUUGUUAUGAUAAAUGUUGGUUAUAUCAGGUAUUGCUAAUAGUUUAACUAAUUUAUCAUAAUAUAUAUAUACAUAGUUAAAAGAUGAAUAAGAGUUUUUCUCUUUAUAACUUUUUUAUAGGCUUAAAAACUUACACAAUGCAUAUCAUAAUAUUAUAUCUUC